AUGUGGAAGAUAGUCGAUAUGUCGAAAAUCGAAUGCCAUUCAAUGGGAAAUGAAGAAAUCACGAGCGAAAGCAAUGUUGAGGAAGCAUAUGCUAAGGCCUUGAAUCCGAUGAAGUCGAAUAAAAGCAUCGAUCGAUCUUUCGCAGUUCCAUGCGGAGAAAAAUCGAAAAUCUUGGGAGAUGAUAAAUCUCGGCCAUUGAAGUCAUCGGCGCAGGUACCCACAUUGAAUUCAGUCGAGAAAAACAAUAUGUUGGAAAGUCAUAAUGAGAUGUAUUUAGUGAAAAGAAGUAAAAAAGAAAAAAGAAGCAUUGAGGAAGCAUACGCUAUGUCCUUGAAUCCGAUGAUGCCGAAUAAGAGCAUCGAUCGAUCUUUCGCAGUUCCAUGCGAAGAAAAAUCGAAAAUCUUGGGAGAUGAUAAAUCUCGACCAUUGAAGUCAUCGGCACAGGUACCCACAUUGAAUUCAGUCGAGAAAAACGAUAUGUUCGAGAGUCAUAAUGAGACGUAUUUAGCGAAAAGAAGAAAAAAAGAUAAAAGAAAUGUGGAGGAAGCAUACGCUAAGGCCUCGAAUCCGACGAAGUCGAACAAAAGCAUGGAUCGAUCUUUCGGAGCUCCAUGCGAAGAAAAAUCGAAAUUCUCGGGAGACAAAUCUCGACCAUUGAAGUCAUCGGCACAGGUACCCACAUUGAAUCCAGUCGAGAAAAACGAUAUGUUGGAGAGUCAUAACGAGACGUAUUUAGCGAAAAGAAGAAAGAAAGAAAAAUGGCAAGGCAAUGGUGUAGUUUUAGAGGUUGAGAAUGGUGAUGAGAUGAAUAAUAAAGAGAUUGAAAUUAGAAAGAGGUGCAAUUUUGUGAAGGGAGAUGUGGUUUGGGCAAAAUACAAGAAUUUCCCUACUUGGCCAGCUAUUGUGAUUGAUCCCAUCUCGCAAGCUCCUCAAAGGGAGUAUGCGUGGAUAAAAGAAGGGAUGAUUUUUCCCUUCCUUGAAUACAAGGACAGGACGCCUAGUGCAGAAAAUGUGCUCGUUGUCAACACACCAGACGAAGAUUUUACUAACAAAAGGUUGCUUCAAAGUGAGUACGAAGAACAAUAUCUAAAAGGGUCCGAUUUAUCUCCCGGUGAUGCAUAUGAAUUCGAAGAUAUGUCUGCAGCGAGGUGCCGCAUAUAUCAAGAAUCGAACAUAAAGAAGAUCAGACAAGACUCGAUAGUUCACCGCUUGAUGGGGCCGAGUCGUCACACGCUGGAUGAUAUAUAUAGAUUAAGUUCACAUAAAGCUUCUGAAGACGCAACAGAUUUCUUAUCGUUAAGAAAGCGACUGAAGCACUUACAGAUGGAAGAAAAAUACCGGGUUUGUUUUGGUAAAUCGAGAAUUCAUAACUGGGGCCUCUUUGCUCGGCGAAGCAUUUGUGAAGGAGAAAUGAUUAUAGAAUACCUUGGCGAGCAAGUUAGGGGUAGCGUUGCUAACAUACGAGAGGCCCGCUAUCGGUCACAAGGCAAAGAUUGCUACUUCUUUAAGAUCAACGAAGAGAUAGUAAUCGAUGCAACGAACAAAGGAAAUUUGUCCCGAUUGCUUAAUCACUCUUGCAUGCCCAACUGUUGCGCCAGGAUCGUGAGCAUAGGAGAAGACGAGAGCCGCAUAGUAGUUGUUGCGAAAACUAAUGUUUCGGCUGGUGAAGAGCUAACGUGUGACUACUUGUUCGAUCCAGGCGAACAACACGAGGUUAAAGUUCCUUGCCUAUGUAAUGCUCCUUACUGUCGAGAUCUCAAUAUCGGUAGUGUUCGAGAAGUUAACGUAAAGUCGGGACUUCCGGCCACUAAGAGCACCGAGCGCUUGGAACUUCUAGACGACCGCAGGCAUAUCAUCCGGGUCAAAUUUGUUGGUGGCGAUCACAGGCUAAAUAAUUACUCAUCAAUAAUCACGGUUCAUCCAGAGACGAUUGACGGGAGGCCAGGGACAGUUGUGAUCGAGUCAUUCGUGGUGGACGUGCCCGAGGGGAAUACACUAGAAGAGACGUGUUAUUUUGUCAAGGCUUAUAUAAACUGCAACCUCAGGUCUCUGGCUGUAGUCUCCGAGCGAAUGGCGAUGCAAGACGGCAUGGCUUAG